GGACCAGAUGGCUCUUCUUCAGCAUCGGCAUCAUCUGCUGGUCAGAGUUACGGACCUGGAUUAGGACAACAAGCAGGUGCAGGUGAAUCUUCCUCUUCUAUAACGUCAUCAGUUGAUUCUCAAGGUUAUGGUCCAGGGCAAUCUGGAUAUUCUAGACAGCAAGGUUAUUCAUCUUCCUCAAUCGCCAUCUUCCUUGGUUAUGGUCAAAAUGGAUAUGGCCCUGGUUCAGGGGCAACUGGCACAGGCUCAGGAAUAGGUCAAGGGCCAGGAGGAUAUGAUGGACAAUUAGGAGGACCAGGUGGCUCUUCUUCAGCAUCUGCAUUGUCUGCUGGUCAGAGUUACGGGCCUGGAUUCGGACAACAAGCAGGUGCAGGGGGAUCCUCCUCUUCUGCAACAUCAUCAGUUGAUUCUCAGGGUUAUGGGGCAGAGCAGUUUGGAUAUUCUGUACAGCAAGGUUAUUCAUCUUCCUCAAUCGCCAUCUCCCUUGGUUAUGGUCAAAAUGGAUAUGGCCCUGGUUCAGGUGCAACUGGCUCAGGCUCAGGAACAGGUCAAGGGGAAGGAGGAUAUGGUGGACAGUUAGGAGGACCUGAUGGUGCUUCUUCAGCAUCGGCAUCGUCUGUAGGCCAAAGUUACGGGCCAGGACUAGGACAACAAAUAGGACCAAGUGGUUCCUCAUCCUCCGCAACAUCAUCAGUUGAUUCUCAAGGAUAUGGCGCAGGUCAGUCUGGAUAUUCUGGUCAGCAAGGAUAUUCAUCUUCCUCAAUUGCCAUCUCCCUUGGUUACGGUCAAAACGGGUAUGGUUAUAGCACAGGAUCUGAUUUUAAUCAGGAACAAUAUGAAAGCUCACUAAAUGGACAAAGCGUAUCUUCAGUAGCAAUUCUAGAUUCCACACCUGGACAAGGACAGCUUAAAGGAAUAGGAUCUUCGCCCUCUGCUUCAGUAGCGACAUCCAGCUCACAGUUAUAUGGCCCCGGACAAUCUAGUUAUUUUGAUCAACAACGAAGUACCGGAGCUUCUUCAGCAACGGCUUCUGCUGCGGCUUCGAGAUUGUCCUCACCAGAAUCUUCUUCAAGAGUUUCAUCAGCUGUUUCAACAUUAGUGUCGAACGGGCCUACUAAUCCAGACGCCUUGAUAAACGCUAUAAGUAGCGUUAUAUCACAAGUGAACGCAAACAAUAGCGGUCUUUCGGAAUGCGAUGUCCUCAUUCAAUCCCUUUUAGAAAUAUUGUCUGCUUUAGUGCAUAUCAUGGGAUCUGCCACCCUUGGAGAAGUGAAUUGUGAUGGUACUAGUCAAACAGCUCAAAUGGUGAGCCAGUCGAUAGCCCAAAUAUUCAGUUAAAUUUAAUGAGA